AUGCAUAUUUAUUUUUUAGUUAUUAUAUUAUUUUACAUAUAUCAAAAAUUUAUUCUUAUGAAAUAUUUAAAAAAGAAGAGUAAUGUGUAUAUGUUUUAUUAUAUACCCUCUGCUGAAAAGCAAAAUUGUAUUACAUAUACUUUGAAUUCUUUGAAAAAUAUUAGUCCCUUGAAAAAAAAGAAAAAAAAUUUUCUUUUAUUAAAAAAAAGAGAUAAUGAAAAUUUAUGUAUUGACAUAUAUACAACUUUUAAUAAAAAAAGAAAAAAAAGAAAAAAAGAAAAAAAAAUAGAUCAAGACAAAUUAUUCCUUUUUCCUUUGCCUUAUGGAAAUUACACUCAUUAUUCAAAUUUUGUUGUAAAUAGGAAAAAAAGAAAACAUUUAGAAAAUGAUAAAAGGGAGAUAAAGAAUAACUUUUUGCAUGCCAGCUCACCAGGUCAUGAUGAUGGGGGGGAUGAUCACGAGUUGGUUCUCCAAGAAAAGAGGAAAACAAAAAAAAAAAAAAAAAAAAAAUGUAUGAAUUAUGAUAAUAUGUUAAAUGAUGAAAACAUUUCGGAUGAUCAAAAUAUUUCGGAUGAAAACAUUUCGGAUGAUCAAAAUAUUUCGGAUGAUCAAAAUAUUUCGGAUGAAAACAUUUCGGAUGAUCAAAAUAUUUCGGAUGAAAACAUUUCGGAUGAUCAAAAUAUUUCGGAUGAAAACAUUUCGGAUGAAAAUAUUUCGAAUGAUGACAAUAUGUUGAAUGGUGACAAUAUGUUGAAUGGUGACAAUAUGUUGAAUGGUGACAAUAUGUUGAAUGGUGACAAUAUGUUGAAUGGUGACAAUAUGUUGAAUGGUGACAAUAUAUCGAAUGAACUUGUGGAUAAUUAUAGUUCCCUAAAUAUUCUAAACAAAUACCUGAAGAAUAAAGAAUUGUUAGAAGAUAAAAACUACGAUGUAAAGAACGGAUUAAAUAAAGAACAGAUGUUAGAAGAAUAUAAUAAAUUAUUACAAAUGAUAAAAGAUAAUGUUGAAAGAAAAAAGAAGGAAUGGAAAGAAAAUGAAAAAAAGGAUAUAUAUGAAAUAAAUGAACGAGUUAUUAGUAGCUCUAGAAAAUUGAAUAUAGAUAAAUUAAAAAGUGAUAUCGAAAAAAAUUUUAAAAGAGAUGAAGUGAUGGAAAAAAAAAUACAAGAUUAUAUGCAUUUAUUUAUACAAAAUGUAGAAAAGGAACGAUUCAAAGAUAUAAUGAUGAAUGAACAAGAACCUAAACACAAUGUAAAUAAUAAAAACAAUGAUCAUAUAAAUAGUAAAAACAAUGACCAUAUAAAUAGUAAAAACAAUGAUAAUAUAAAUAGUAAAAACAAUGACCAUAUAAAUAACAAAAAGAAUGACCAUAUAAAUAACAAAAAGAAUGACCAUAUAAAUAACAAAAAGAAUGACCAUAUAAAUAACAAAAAGAAUGAUAUUAUUGAAAAACAAAAGAAAGAGAAAGAACAAAAAAAUGAUAAUGUAACAAGAUAUAGUGAAGAGGAUUUACAAUCUGAUGAUAAAUAUAUAAAUAAAUCUUAUAUAGACGAGAAAGAUGAAUAUAUAACGGAAGAGGAAUAUAUAACGGAAGAAGAAGCACGUAUGAAUAACGAAAUUUUAAAAGAAGUAUAUAAAGGUAACUUUAAUAAUAUUGAUAAAUUUAAAUUCAAAUAUUCAAAAAGAGAUUAUGAGAAUAUGAAAAAUGAAAAAAAUGAUAAAAAUGAAAAAAAUGAAAAAAUUGAUAUGCACAAUACAUAUAAUGAUACUUUCGAUAGUAAUAUUUAUAAAGAGGAAGAUAAAAUCAUAGAUGCUUUAUUAAAUAAAAUCCAUAAAGAAAAAACACUUUACCAUCAUAUUAAUGAAAAGGAAAAAAAAUUAUUAGAUGUAUAUGAAAAAUAUAAAAAAGAAAAGAAAAUACAAAGAAAAGAAGACUUGGAGAAUUUAAAAUAUAUAAAUAAACAAAUCGAAGAGAAACAAAACAAAAUAAACACAAAUAGGGAUGACAUGAAUAUUGGUAGUGUUACUUAUGAGGAUGGUCGUAGAAACGAUUCGGAUGGUUCAUAUAAUAAUAAUAAUUUAAAUAGUAAUGAAAAAAAUGAUACAUUGAUAAAUAUAAAUAAUAAUGAUAAUAAUAAAAAUAAUGAUAAUAAUAAAAAUAAUGAUAAUAAUAAAAAUAAUGAUAAUAAUGAUGAUGUAAUUAUUAAGAAAAACAUUUUCUUCAACAAAAUUGAUGAAAAAUUUAUAGAAAUAAAAGAAGAAGAUAUCAAAGAAAUGAGCGAACUACAAGUCAAAGACGAAUUAAGAAAAAGAGGAUAUCCAACCUUUGGAUCUAUCGACGAAAUAAAAACAAGAUUAUGUGAUGUUAUGAAAAUAAGACAGAAUAAUUAUAUAGAUAUAAGAAACAUUUUAAAAAAACCAGAAGAUAAUGUAUUAUCACAUAUGAGAUUAGAAAAAUUAAAAGAAAAUAUUAAAACAUAUAAAGAAAAUGAACAGUAUGGAGAUACAGAAUCUAAAAUUAAACAACUAGAUGCAUCUAUAGAAAUAUCAAAAUUUAUAAAUGAUCCUGUACAUUAUCUUCGUAUAGAUUCUACACACAAAUUUAUAAAUCAAAAUAAACCAAAAAAUAAAAAUGAUCCAAAUAAUAAUACACAAAAUGAUCAAACUAAUAAUAUGGAAAUUCAGUAUGACACAGAAAAUAAUAUUUUAAAAGAACCCAUUAUAAAUGAUUACAAUUUUAAUGAAGAAAUAUCCAUGGCAGAAAAAAUUAAAAAGACCUUUUCAUUUGAAAAUGAAGAAAAGUUACCUGACCAAAUCAUAACCAGAUUUAACAACAACAAUAAUAAUAAUAAUAAUAUGCACGGUGGUGGUAUGCAUGGUGAUGGUGUACAUGGUGAUGGUGUGCAUGGUGAUGAUAUGUAUGGUAAUGGUAUGGAUGAAAUAGAUGAAGAAACACAAGAAAAAUAUAGAGAACAAGUUUUAAAAUACGGAAGCUUACAAGAAACCAUUGAAGAAUUUAAUUAUAAACAUAAUUUAUCUUUAGAUUUUAUUGGAGAUUUUAUUUGUAAAAGUUCAAAUGCACAUAUACAAGAUAUAAAUAAAUAUAGAUAUAAAACAAAAGAAGAAAUUGAAAAAUUAAAGGAAAAUGAUUUCUAUCAUCUUUUUGAAGAAAAUAAUUUAAAUAAUAAUUUUAUUGUUUAUAAAUUUGUUAAUACAAAAGAACUCAUAAAAAAUUAUUUAACUACAUCUAAUAUUGUAACGCUAAUAGAGUAUGCUAAUAUAGCAGAUCCUGUGGAUAUAAUUCAUUAUUAUACACCAGAAAAUUUAUUUAUGAUUAGCGAGGAUUAUAACAUAACUAUUGAUAGGGUUAUUGAUGCAUGUACAAGACUUAACAUAAAGCUGCCAUACGGAGGUGACACACAUUUAAACAAGGAAUGCUUUAAUUUUCUCACGUGUUACCUUAGCAAAUACAAACAGAUAAAAAGGAAAACAUAA